GAAAAACCCUAGCGGGGUUUGCUUCCUUCUCUAAGCAGCACGAGACGACGUCGCUCUUGCAGGGGGAGCUCGAUCUGUGGUGGAGAUGGUGAAGUACUCCAGGGAACCCGAUAAUCCUACUAAAGCCUGCAAGGCUAGGGGUUCGGAUCUUAGGGUUCACUUCAAGAAUACCAGGGAGACAGCUUUUGCAAUAAGAAAACUGCCAUUAGCUAAGGCUAAGAGGUACCUUGAGGAUGUUAUUGCUCAUAAGCAAGCCAUUCCCUUCAGGCGUUUUUGUGGAGGGGUUGGGCGAACAGCUCAAGCGAAGAUUCGUCAUUCAAAUGGACAGGGUCGCUGGCCUGAAAAAUCUGCCAAAUUUAUCUUGAACCUGCUGAAAAGUGCUGAGAGUAAUGCUGAUGUGAAAGGCUUGGAUGUAGAUACACUCUAUAUAUCCCACAUUCAAGUCAACCAGGCCCAGAAGCAAAGAAGACGAACUUACCGAGCACAUGGGCGAAUCAACCCUUACAUGUCUUCACCUUGCCAUAUUGAGUUGAUUUUGUCAGAGAAGGAGGCACCUGUUAAAAAGGAGGUGGAUACGCAGGUUGCUCCUAGGAGGACCAAGAAAAGUCAAGUAAUUCGAAGCGGGGCGUCCUCUUGAGAGAGAGAGAGGGAGAGGGUGCUUUUAGGCUUCUGGACUUCUUGUCCCUUGUUGAAUAUUGGGUUUAUAGUUCUUUUGUCUCUUGAGUUCUUAAAUGAAUUUUGGGUUUAUAUUCCUUUUGUCUCUUCAA